GCGAGGGAGCCCAUGGAGGCGGCGAAGGAGAAGCAGCGGCAGCCAGUCCCGGCGGCGGUGGCCGGGGCUCGGUUCUCCCGGCCGGAGAUGCUGCCGCUGCAGCCCGGGAAGCGGCACCGGAGCCAGGCUCGCAGGAGAAGGAGGGAGCUGCUGCUGGCUCAGCUCUGCCUCGGGGGCUCGCUCACGCUGCUCCUGGCUUCCCUCUCCAGCUGGGCUGGGCAAUCCGGUUAUGAUGUCCUGAACUAUCCUGUGGAAACUUACGAUAAGUGGAGUGGGAGGAGGCUGCUGCAGGCAACAGAGGGCAAUGCCACUGAGAUCCCAGAGGAAACAGAAAAUCGAUAUGUCAAGAACUGCACUGAACCAGCUCUCCAUGAAUUCCCCAGUGACAUCUUUACAAAUGAGGAUAGAAGACAUGGAGCUGUACUCCUGCAUGUCCUUUGUGCCAUGUAUAUGUUCUACGCUUUGGCAAUUGUCUGUGAUGAUUUCUUUGUCCCUUCAUUGGAAAAGAUUAGUGAACGCUUGCAUCUUAGUGAAGAUGUGGCUGGGGCAACUUUCAUGGCAGCUGGAAGCUCCGCUCCUGAGUUGUUUACAUCGGUUAUAGGUGUUUUUAUCACAAAAGGAGACGUAGGAGUCGGAACCAUUGUUGGCUCUGCCGUAUUCAACAUUCUCUGUAUAAUUGGUGUGUGUGGCCUUUUCGCAGGACAGGUGAUUGCACUGUCAUGGUGGAGUCUGCUGCGAGAUUCAACCUACUACACACUGUCUGUUGUUGCACUCAUUGUGUUUAUUUAUGAUGAAAUUGUUUCUUGGUGGGAGUCCCUAGUCCUAGUGCUGAUGUACUUCAUUUACAUCCUGAUCAUGAAGUAUAAUUCCUCCAUACAUCACUGCUUUGAAAGGAAGACAAAAAAUGCUGCAAAUAUGGUGAACGGAUUAGCAAAUAACACAGAAAUGGACGAUAACAGCAAUUGUGACGCCACGGUGGUAUUACUAAAGAAAGGUAACCGUUCCAGGAAUUUCCAUCGUAAAGCCUCGGUGAUCAUGGUGGAUGAGCUCCUGUCUGCCUACCCACACCAACUUUCCUUCUCUGAGGCUGGGCUCCGGAUAAUGAUCACCAGCCACUUCCCUCCCAAAACCCGUCUCUCCAUGGCCAGUCGCAUGUUGAUCAACGAGAGGCAAAGGCUGAUAAACAGCAGAGCCUACACCAAUGGGGAAUCAGAAGUGGCUAUCAAAAUUCCUAUCAAGCAUGCCCUGGAGAAUGGGACAGGCCCCAGCAAUUCUGCAGAAAGGGGCGUGAAUGGGACCCGAAGAGACGAGGACAUGGCUGAGGCUGGAAAUGAGACCGAGAAUGAGGACAAUGAGAACAAUGAGAAUGACGAGGAAGAGGAGGAAGAGGAGGAUGAUAAUGACGGACCUUACACUCCUUUUGACCUACCCUCUGGCAAAAUGGAAAUCCUGAAGUGGCUGUUUACCUGGCCACUGAGCUUCCUUCUGCACUUCACAGUCCCCAACUGUAACAAGCCCUACUGGGAAAAAUGGUUCAUGGUCACCUUUGCUUCCUCUACCCUCUGGAUUGCAGCCUUAUCCUACGUGAUGGUGUGGAUGGUUACGAUCAUUGGCUACACAUUGGGUAUUCCAGAUGUGAUCAUGGGUAUCACAUUCCUUGCAGCUGGAACCAGCGUGCCGGACUGCAUGGCUAGCCUUAUAGUAGCAAGACAAGGCAUGGGGGAUAUGGCUGUGUCGAACUCCAUUGGAAGUAAUGUUUUUGACAUUUUAAUUGGCCUGGGUCUCCCAUGGGCUCUGCAGACUUUAGCAGUGGAUUAUGGUUCAUAUAUCCAGUUAAACAGCAGAGGACUUAUCUAUUCUGUUGGCUUGCUGCUGGCAUCAGUUUUUGUUACCGUAUUUGGUGUCCACAUGAACAAAUGGAAGCUGGACAAGAAGCUGGGAAUUGUGUGCCUUUUCCUGUACGGCAUCUUCUUAUGUUUCUCCAUCAUGACAGAAUUCAAUGUUUUCACUUUUGUGAACUUGCCGAUGUGCAGAGAUCACUGAUCUGGGUGGCAGACUGUCGAGAGGUACUUCCUUCUUACCUGUGCAAUACCAUCACGGCUGGCGUCUCCGGAACACGGUGCACCCAACGGUCGUGAAAUAGAUCCUGCUCACUGUUCAUAGGAUUCUCCUCCCAUCUCGGUUUACCCUCUUCCUACCCCGAAACCUGGAAAAAUCCUGCAUCGAUGUGAAGAUAAUUUUUUUCAACAUUUAUGUGAUUUCCAAGUUCAGUUUUUGAACAGUGACUGGGAUUCUAAAUGAACUGGCUGCUAUCUGGCGUUGAGCCAGGCAAAACUGGUCUGCUACAAUUCCUUCCUUUUUAAGUUAUUUGGUGGAAGACUAAUCUAAUUUAUGAUUUAAGACUAUUGCUAGAAUGCAGAAGAAGAGGGUACAUUGUAUAUGGGGUGUUUUUCAAGCAGAACUGUGGGAAUCUUUUAUUUUUAUUUUUUUCAGAGAUCAACAGCCUCUCUUUGCAACUUCUUCUUCUGAGAGCUGGAUUUCAUGUAAUGAUCCAAAGGUCACAAGUGCAGUGUAUUAUGGGAACUCAAUUUGAAAUACUCAGCAUAUGAGUGGAUUGACUGUUUGUUUGUUAAAAAAAAAAAUGACUGGCAAGGCAGUGGAUAACAUCCUUAUACUAUGAUUAACGGAUCUCUUAAUGGUGUUGUAAGGAAUGGAAGGUGAACAUGGAUUCAAAGGGUAAACACUGCUACCAUUUUCAUUAUUAAUGUCAGAGUUUUAUUGCUAGGUUAUUUAUAUGACUUCCAAGCAAUGGUUUGGGACUGCCAGCCCACGAGGGCUAACGAGGAGGGGUCCUGGUUUUUAAUGAUCCAGACAUUGCGAUGCAAGGUCAGAACUUCAGAGGAUCAUCCAACUUCUUGUAGUUUUUUGGGGGAGUGUGUAGUUUUAUGUCUUAUUCAUUGUGAGAGGGACAUAAGCACAGUCACACAUUCUCAAAAUGAGUUGUAGACACUGGUUUCUUUAAAAGGAAAGAGGCAUAUUUUGCACUGACGUUACUGAAGUCAUAAUUUGCCACUCUUUAAAGAAUACACUGGACCUGGCCAAAAAAUUUUACAGCUGAACUUAUCUGAUAUCAGAUUGUUGUGGAUUUAUUCCACCUCCUUCUGGAGGAAGGGAGAGAGAGAGAGAAAUGGCACUUUUAAAAUGCAGAAUAUCUUUAAUGCAGAUUCACUCACAAAUCUAAGUUAUGAUGAAAGUUUUGCCAUUCGCUGUUCUAACAGACCUGCAAGGUUUUGUAUAAUACUGUAUUAAUAUGCAGACAAAUUCCACUACACGAGAAACACCUAUGAUUGCCACACUUGUAUGUAUUGAAAUUGUGGAUUCUUGCCAGUACUGGCUGUUGUAUUUACUUUAAACGUUGAUCACUUCUG